GAUUUGAAUUUAGCACGCGCUUAGUUGGACUAAAGUUCCAACUAUUUUAAUAAUUGAUUAAGCAACAAAAUAACGAAACAUACUCAGCAAUUCGAAUUCAAAACGUUACUAUUAUAUGUAAAUCAUACAAAACGGAAAUAAACAACUGUCAACAAAGCGGAGCAGGAAGUGAAUCGAAUCUGUGUGAAAUAUCAUAUCAUAAGAUAUACCUUGUAAGCAAUAAUUCACCGGAAUAAAUACAGACAACUACACAUACAUACAUACAUACAUACAUAUGUAUGCAGUAUUAAAAUAGGAACAGCUACAGCAACAACUAGUCAGUCAAGGAUCUCGAGGAGUUGCGAAAUAUUAUUUAAUAAAAGCGCUAAGUGAAAUCGAACUGGUGAUGACUUUCAAUUUUUUUGUCAAGAUCAAACAAGUAGUAGAAAGUAUCAAUUCAGAAAAUGUAAGCUACAGUAAAAAUUAGAAAAUUGCGUGAGAAUUUACAUAUCGGCGACUGCGAUAGCAAUCAAGUACUUAUACAAAAUAUACAAAUAAACCCGGCGUAGAUAGCAGAUAUUACCUACAUACAGUUGUAUAUGUGAAUGCACCAGCAGCAAGGACAAAAAGCAAUAACAAAAGCAACAAAACUUAUAAAUAAAACACGUCGGAAACAACGUCAAUGUCAUGGUAUAACGGAGCAUGCGUCAGAACUGUUCAUUGCCAAAGUGUGGGUGUUAAGCAAUCAGGACUCGGAGAUAGAACGUGAAAACAGGCGCACCACAUCUCAAACCCAUUAAACGUAGGGAUACAGUGAAAGCGCGGUCGAAAGCAAUUCAAAGCCGAAAACCCGAAAACCGAGCAGCAAGCACCGAGCAUCGAGCGCCUGAAACACAAAACACAUUUCGACGAAUCUGCAUUUAACAGUUAGACGAAAAACGUAAACCAACCGCAGCAGAAGUGCAUUACUUUUUGUGGCUUUCCAUAUUAUACAAUGCACAGCCACUGGCAAUAACAUUCGAAGGGCAUUGAAGCUGAAGUGUAAAACAUAUAAAGUGGAGUAAAAUCUUACAACUGCAAAGGGAAUGAAAAAAGAAAACGAAUAGUAAAAAAGUACUAAGAAAAGUGUUGAAAAACAUUGCACAACUUAAAUAAUAAGAAACAAUAAAAACAAGAAGCCAGCAACGCAUUUGCAUAGCUGAAAUUUAUCAAAAGAAUCUCAUUUUGCCAUUCCCACUUCUAGUACGCAAAGUUACCUGAAAGCAUUAAAUAAUUCACCUUAUACACGAAAAAAUAAAGCAAAAUAAAAAUAGAAAUAAAAUAAAGUGUCCAAUAACCAGCAACAUGUCAACAGACUCUAGGGAAAAUGCGCCUUCGAAAGUGGACGGAAAGGAGGAGAGCGCCCACCUGCUGGAGGCAGCUGUCAGCGGCGAAAGAUAUGGCUCGAACACAGCGGAUCAAGAAAAUUUACUCGGCAGCAGCAUGGUGCACGGUGCGACUGAGAGCAAUUCCAAGACCUUGCCGCAGUAUGUGGCCGCUUUGUCAGCUGCCGGUGGUGCAUUCGCCGCUGGUACCCUGCUCGGUUGGACAUCGCCAGCAGAGAAUAAGAUCCUCAAAUUAAACCAAUACAAUUUUGAUGUGUCCGCUGACCAAUUCUCAUGGAUUGGAUCCGCCAUGACGCUAGGUGCGGCUUGCGUUUGCAUACCAACCGGUAUACUCAUCAACUUGGUCGGACGUAAAAUGGCGAUGUUGUUAUUGGUGCUACCCUUCACAUUGGGUUGGUGUAUGCUAAUUUGGGCGCAGAAUGUUAUUAUGAUGUACAUCGCCCGUUUUCUACUUGGUGCCGCUGGUGGUGCAUUCUGUGUGGCUGCUCCAAUGUAUACUGGUGAGAUUGCGCAAAAGGAAAUUCGUGGAUCACUUGGCAGCUUUUUCCAACUUAUGAUAACGGCUGGUAUAUUGUUUGUGUAUGCCAUUGGAGCAGGGCUCAGUGUAUUUUGGAUAAAUAUUGUCUGCGGUUUGAUACCUUUAGUAUUUGGUGCUAUUUUUGUCUUCAUGCCGGAGUCGCCAACGUACUUGAUAACCAAAAACAAGGACGAAAAUGCAAUCAAAUCCAUUCAAUGGCUGCGUGGAAAGGACUAUGAAUAUAAGAAUGAAAUUGAAGAAUUACGCGAUACUGAACAAAAGAUCAGAGAGAAUCAGGUUUCAUGGUGGGUUGGUCUUUCACGUCCCGUCUCGCGCAAGGCAUUGGCCAUAAGUUUAGGUCUUAUGUUCUUCCAACAAUUAUGUGGUAUUAACGCUGUCAUAUUCUACGCCGCCCCAAUUUUCCAGGAUGCGGACACCGGCAUUGAUGAAAAUCUCUCAACUAUUGUUGUCGGUAUCAUGCAAUUCAUCGCAACUUUCGUAUCCACAAUUGUUGUUGAUAAACUUGGACGACGCCUAUUGCUGCUUACCUCGGCCAUCAUCAUGGCUUUGUCCACUUUCGCCAUGGGUAUAUACUUCUACAUGCAAAGCCAAGAUCCAGCAUCUGUGGAAAGUCUCGGUUGGUUGCCCGUCGUCAGUUUGUGCGUCUUCAUCGUACUCUUCUCACUCGGGUUCGGCCCAGUACCAUGGUUGAUGAUGGGUGAGGUGUUCGCUGCCGAUAUUAAAGGUGUAGCUGGCUCCAUUGCCGGCACAACCAACUGGAUUUUGGCUUUCAUUGUAACGAAGACAUUUAAGGAUCUGAAGGAAUCAAUGGGCUCAGGUCAAACCUUCUGGCUCUUCUCAGGCAUCACUGUCAUUGGUGCAGUCUUCGUAUUCUUCGUUGUACCAGAGACGAAAGGCAAGAGUUUGAAUGAAAUUCAAGCAGAAUUGGAAGGCAAAAAUGCAAGCACAGCACCCGCAGCGUUGAAUGGUGCAGUCUAAUCAGCAGGCCUGGAAAAGGCUUAAAAAGGAUUUAAAGGUAUACUAAACAAAGGAAAAAAAAAACAGGUAUUCAAGGAGUAGGGAAGGAGUUGGAUGGCAGUAAACAAAUUAGUUUACUAAAGGAAAAAUAUUAUCUGCAGGGAGAGAAAAAAAUUGUGAAAUAGCGGAGAUAAGGCGUUGGAUGUAUUAAUGUUUUUCUACAUAGUUUAUUUUAUUAGAAAAGUAUUGCGUAAUCUUAGGUCUUAACAGUAUACACACCGCAUGUUAAAUGAAUACAUACAUACAUACACAUACGUUUACACACUCUAACACUAAGCCCUAAAGUUAAGCGGAUAAAUGUUUGGAAAGAACGCGCGUAGAGGAAGACGAACCGGCAAUAUUUGAAACAAUUUUUGUUAAAUUUGCGCUUUAACUGCGUUUAGUAACUCUAACAAGAGAAUUUAUUAUUUAAUGAUGUAUGUAAUGUAAUUGUUUUUUUUUGCCUAAUAUUUGUAAGGUGGUUUUUUUGCGUAAAGUGUACACACUUACCUUAUUUGAGGCGAUUAAAAUUUCUUAUAAUAUUUUAUUUAUAGUUGUGCGUCGAAAAGUGUUACGUGUAUUUUAUUUAAAUUAAAACUUGCAUACUCGAUUUCGCUUAAAUGCAAUUUUAUAAUAAUUGUAUUUAAAAUAUGUUUUAAUGCUAGAUAUCAUACACACACACACACAUAAAUUUAAAUUUAAAGAAAAAAAUUAUGUAAGCGGAUAUUAAAAACUUACCCCACCCCCCCUCUCUCUCUCUCUUUGGCGAUAAAAAAAUGUUAAACCUGAUUUAGCAAAUUAGUUAAUUUUAUUUUUUAAACUUGCAAGAAUAGCCAAGGAAAAUAGAAAAAAAGUUGGUCUCUACCUAAGAAAUUUUAAGUUAACUUGAUUUGUAUAAUUUAUUUAUUGUUUUAGAAAACCGAUUCUAACGCAAAAAUCUUGCAAAAAAUGUUUAUAUUCCCUCUGAGAACAGCAAAACGCAGAGAAGAUAAUAUAAAUAAAUAAAACUAACAGAGAAGACUGAAGGUCAAGAAAAUAUCCUAAAAACAAAAACGAGAUAAAAUUAUAAUAAUAAUAAUAAUAAUAGUACUAACCAAAUGCAUGAAAUGUUGAAAAUGCACUUAAGUGUUGUAAAAGUUUAAGGUGUGUUCAGAGUUAGGUAAAUUAAGAACGGUAAAUUAAGCAACGGCGAGUUCAAUACUCUAAGGCAGCAAAAGGCGUAUGGUUUUUAUGUGUAAAGUAAGCUAAACUAAGUUUGUUGGAAAAAGAAAAUUUCUGUUAAAUAUAUAGAGAUUUGAAAUCUCUUAGCAUCGUAUCCACCGUAGUUACACAUCAAACCAAGCAUAUUAGAGUUUACAAAAACACAAUACAAAAGACUCAAACACCGAUAAGCAGUAAAAGCAUAAUCCCGCAUUUAAAACAAAAUUAAGCAAAUACUAUAGUUUGCUCUUUCUAAUUGUAAAUUGCAUUUAAAAAAUACUUUAGCGUAUUUUCAUUGUUAAAGCAUUUUAUUUUGUGCAUAAAUGCGCGCACAAAUGACACACAAAUACUUGAAAACUUUUGUUUCACAAUUAUCCAUAACUGCGCACUUUUUUGUUUUUUGUAAGUCUUUUAAUGUGUUAUCUCGUCUUUCGAAAAAACAAAUGCUCCUUCAGCCAAAAAUGUUAGUGGCACCCGAAUCGCUGUAAUGGCGUCGAAAGUUUUGCUCUUUCCACGCAAAAAAGCAAAUAUAUAUUUUUUAAUUUUAAAGUUAAUCUUUUAUUUCAUAGAUUGGUUCUAUUAUUCCUUUUUUUCAUUUUCGCUAAAUUUGCUUAAUUUUAUUUUAUGUUAUACUCUAAAUUAUUUUUGUUUAAAUACUAAUACGAAUACACUCUACACUAAUGUAGCCUUAAGUUUGAAAGUCUUUUUGUAUUUUUAAUUUAUUGUCCAUAUCUAAAUAUGUAAUUACUGUGUAAAAUAUAAUAAAUGCAAACAUGUUAUAAUAAAAGUCAUGUUAAUGCAAAAAAUAUUUAAUAAAAUAAAAGAUAUGAUUUUUGUAAAAAUA